AUGUCCUUCUGGGCUCUGACCAUCAAAAUCAUUUUCUUGUCACAAACUACAACUGGAAUUCUGGGAAAUUUUUCUCUUCUUUACUACUACAUAGUCCAUUAUGGAAAAGGCACAAUAAAGGCCACAGAGUUAAUUCUCAUGCACCUAAUGGCAGCCAAUGCCUUGACCAUUCUCUCUGCAGGAGUGCCCCACACAAUAGCAGCUUUUGGUUUGAAGCACUUUUUAAAUGAUUUUGGAUGCAGAUUACUUUUGUACAUUCAAAGAGUUGGCCGCAGUGUGUCCAUUGGCACCACCUGCCUCUUGAGUGUCUUUCAGGCCAUGACCAUCAGUCACACACAAUUCUGUUGUAAGGAUCUGAAAGUCAAAGCUUCAAAGUACAUUGGCUUCUCUGUUGCCCUCCUCUGGAUCUUUUACACGUUGAUAAAUUUCAUUUACUUUGUGUACCUGUUUCUCAAGAGGAAUGAUAAAAAUACGACAAGAAAACGGGAUUUUGAAUACUGCUCCAUUGCAGGGCGCGAUGAAAUCAGUGACUCAUUCUAUGCAGCGUUGGGGGUGUUCCCUGAAAUCUGCUUUUCUUUGCUUAUGGCCUGGUCCAGUGGCUCCAUGAUUGUUAUUCUAUACACACACAAGAAGAGGGUUCAACAUAUCCUUAGCACCCAUGGUUCCAGAAGAACCUCCCCUGAGUCCAGAGCCAUCCAGAACAUCCUGGUCCUGGUAUUUAUCUUUCUGGCUUUUUACACUCUCUCCUCUAUCUUACAAGGCAGCAUAGCUCUUUUGUAUAAUCACAGCUGGUGGCUGGUGAACAUCACUCGCCUUACUGCUUUGUGUUUUCCCUCUUUUGCACCCUUGGUUCUUAUGAAUCAUUACUGCAGACUACCUAGACUCAGUUUUGUCAGAGUAAGGAAUAUAAAUCACUGA